GCGGGGCCGCCGCCGCGAUGGGCACCGCGCUGGACAUCAAGAUCAAGCGCGCCAACAAGGUCUACCGGUGCGGGGAAAUUCUUUCUGGAGUUGUGGUCAUAACAAGUAAAGACACAGUCCAGCACCAAGGUAUCUCAUUAACGAUGGAAGGAUCAGUGAAUCUGCAGCUUAGCGCCAAAAGUGUGGGUGUGUUUGAAGCCUUCUAUAAUUCUGUCAAGCCUAUUCAAAUUAUUAACAGCACUAUUGAAAUGAUCAAACCAGGAAAACUGCCCAGUGGCAAAACAGAAAUUCCUUUUGAGUUUCCCUUGCAAGUGAAGGGCAACAAAGUUUUAUAUGAGACAUAUCAUGGCGUCUUUGUUAAUAUUCAGUACACUCUACGGUGUGAUAUGCGACGUUCUCUGCUGGCAAAAGACCUGACUAAAACUUGUGAAUUCAUUGUCCACUCGCUGUCACAGAAAGGGAAGCUGAUGCCAAGCCCAGUUGACUUCAAAAUUACCCCCGAAACCUUGCAGAAUGUUAAAGAGAGAGCCUCCCUCCCGAAAUUCCUCAUCAGGGGCCACCUCAGUUCUACCAACUGUGUCAUCACGCAGCCGCUGACGGGAGAGCUGGUGGUGGAGAGCGCAGAAGCUGCCGUCAAAAGCGUGGAGCUGCAGUUAGUGCGCGUGGAAACCUGCGGCUGUGCAGAGGGUUAUGCCAGGGACGCCACAGAGAUUCAGAAUAUCCAGAUUGCGGAUGGGGACGUGUGCAGGGGGCUUCCCAUUCCCAUAUACAUGGUGUUUCCCAGGCUCUUCACCUGCCCUACGCUGGAAACGACCAACUUCAAAGUCGGCUGGGCUCGAGCUCUGAGCCUGUCCUGCCAGGACCGUGCGCAGCUGGAGCGCCUCCCAUUUUGUGCUGCGUAUCUCUGGGCAAUUGCAGGCAAACUUUGCAGCUUUGAGUGCCCGUUUCCUCAAAAACAUCUUUGCACCUGA